CGACGGGCCUAUCUGAAUUCGGGUGCGCUGAUUCACAUCAUUGGACGGUUGACGGGUAUAAAUAUAUAUAAAGCCAUGGACACCUUCAGAAUACUCAGAGGGCAAGCUGUGGGGAACGCAGCAUGAGGUUUCUUAUAAUAUUGGCUGCGGCCCUAGCGGUGACUUGGGCCGGAUCUUAUGGAGGGAGAAACGGACCGAGAGUAGCAUUCAAUGCACAUUCCCUUGAUAUUCCUGUCACAGGCGGCGGUUACAUGGGUGUACAGGGAAUGAGAGGCGUAGGUGUAGUUGGAGGUCGUGGUAGUUUGGGCGGUGCUGUCGGAGGAGUCGGUUUGAGUACCGGAUUAAGAGGUGGUGUUAUGACAGGAGGUAGUUUGGGUGUAAUGGACGAUACCUAUCUUACUGGCACUGCCGGACUUGCUGGCGAUAGCAUGGGAUUGCUCGAUACUGCCGAUGUGUAUUACGGAACUGGCGGUGAUGGAGUUUAUGAUAGCGCCAUCUACGAUGGUGGCGACGGUGGAUAUGAUCUUGAUUAUAAUUUAGUAGGUGCCCCUGCUAUGCAAGAUAACAGGGUCACCGUUCUCACAAGAGCAAACCGUGGUCUUCUUGGACCCAUCUUGGACAGAGUUACAGGACCCAGAUUUCAACUUGAGCAAGGAGUUGUUCUUCAACAGGGCAACGUCGGUGGCGGUUUAUAUGAACCAGCAUAUGUAGGUGGUGAAGUUUAUGGACCCCAAUUCGUUAGCGGUGAUGGAUAUUUUUCCGAUGACGGAUACCAAGGAGGUUUAGGUGGACAGGUGGUCGGUGGAGGCGGUUACUUAGUAGGGGGUACAUACCCAAUGGUUGGGGGUGCAGGCAGAUUGGCAGUUGGAGGCCCCAUGAUUGGGGGUGCCGGUGGAUUAGGAGUUGGGGGCCCCAUGGUUGCCGGUGCGGUUUACCCAGGCGGUGUCGCCGGUGCCAUGGGUAACGCUGUCGGUGGUGCUAUUAACACAGUAGGAAAUGUUGCAACAGGAGCCGUUAACCUCGCCGGUGGUUUAGCAGGAGCAGCGAUCGAUACCACUGCUGGCUUAGCAGGAGGUUUGGCGGCAGGAGUUCAGCAAGGACUUAAUACGUUAGGAAAAUAAAAAAAGGUAAUUUAGAACAAAUAUUCUCAAUUAUUUUCGAACAAGAUUAAGAGUCAAUUGUAUACGUGUAUCUCAAAACAACUUUACAGAUACACAUUUUGAACUUAAUUUUCCCUUUAUCUAUUUCAGACCGAUCUACACAAGUGAAUUAAAUCUCGAAGAGACGACAUGGACCUUCCCUACGAUUAUCCUCCGAAGAUUUUCCCUUUUUCCUAUCAUUAGUCAUCUGUGAUUGCGGGCAGUCAAUACUAUAAUAAAGAAACUAUUUUUACUAUA